AUGUCAGAGUCGAGUACAAACGGCAUCCCGAGCAGCAAGCAGUCCUCUCCAGACUUGGCAAACCAGGGAGGAAGCACACUAACUUUCCACAACAUCUCCUACCAUGUGAAGGUGAAGUCCGGGUUCCUGUGCUGUAGAAAAACAGCCAGUAAAGAAGUUUUGAGAGAUCUCAAUGGCAUCAUGAGACCAGGACUGAAUGCAAUUUUGGGGCCCACUGGCAGUGGUAAAUCUUCGCUGCUCGACAUUUUGGCUGCAAGGAAAGACCCUCACGGGCUUUCUGGUGACAUUUUGAUCAAUGGAGCUCCUCAGCCUGCCAACUUUAAAUGUACCUCUGGAUACGUAGUGCAGGAUGAUGUGGUGAUGGGAACCCUGACCAUCAGAGAAAACUUCCAGUUCUCAGCAGCACUCCGUUUGCCAAAGUCUGUGAAGGAGCAGGACAGAAAUGAACGAGUUAAUCAGAUCAUCAAGGAGCUGGGUUUGAGCAAAGUGGCGGACUCCAAGAUUGGCACCCAGUUCACUCGUGGGGUGUCGGGGGGAGAGCGGAAAAGGACCAAUAUCGGGAUGGAGCUCAUCACAGAUCCCACCAUCCUCUUUUUGGAUGAACCAACCACUGGACUGGAUGCCAGCACUGCUAACGCCGUCCUGCUGCUACUGAAAAGGAUGGCAAAGCAAGGAAAAACAAUCAUCUUCUCCAUCCACCAGCCACGGUACUCCAUAUUCCGUCUGUUUGACAGCUUGACACUCCUGGCCGCGGGGCGGAUGCUGUACCACGGCCCCGCUCAGCAGACCAUCGCCUACUUCCAAUCUAUCGGCUACGAAUGCGAGCCUUACAACAAUCCUGCCGACUUCUUCCUGGACAUCAUCAACGGGGACUCCACGGCGGUGGUGGUGAACAAGACCGAUGAAGCCAACUCAGAGAGCAUUGAAGAACACAUUGAAUACAACACAACCUUGGCUGAAAAGUUAGCAGAAAAAUACUGCAACUCUGCCUACUACCAAGAAACAAAAGCAAUACUAGAGAAUAUUUCUUUGGGAAAUACAAAGAAAACAAAAGCAUUUUUCAGACAAAUUACAUAUACCAAUUCCUUCUGUCAUCAGCUGAAGUGGGUGUCCAGGCGCACAUUCAAAAAUCUGGUAGGAAACCCUCAAGCUUCCAUAGCUCAGGUGGUUGUUACAGUUUUCCUGGGACUGAUUGUAGGUGCCAUUUUCUUUGGACUUAAAAACGACACCGCCGGCCUCCAGAACAGAGUUGGUGCCAUGUUCUUUCUGACCACCAACCAGUGCUUCAGCAGUAUUUCAGCUAUUGAACUCUUUGUUGUGGAAAAGAAGAUAUUUAUACAUGAGUAUAUCAGCGGAUACUAUGGAACAGCUGCAUAUUUCAUCUCAAAGCUAAUGGCUGAUUUGAUACCCAUGAGGAGUUUACCAAGCAUCAUCUUCACCUGCAUAACAUACUUCAUGUUAGGUCUGAAACCGACAGCAGAAGCCUUCUUUAUAAUGCUCUUUACCCUUAUGAUGGUGUCCUACACAGCCACUUCCAUGGCUCUAGCCAUCGCAACAGGACAGAACGUGGUCGCUGUAGCCAACCUAUUCAUGACUAUCACAUUUGUUUUUAUGAUUAUUUUCUCUGGGUUGCUGGUAAAUCUCACGAGCAUCAUGUCCUGGCUUUCCUGGCUCAAGUACUUUAGCAUCCCUCGAUAUGGAAUGACAGCAUUACAAAUUAAUGAACUGUCUGGUCUGAACUUUUGCACCAUCAGUAACAACACAGGGUUACCUGGCAAGAAUAACUUUCAACAGCUAAUCCCUAUGUAAGUAUUUGGGUGGUGUACUGGAGACCAGUAUCUUGAAAAUCAAGGCAUUGACGUGAGUACCUGGGGCCUGUGGCAGAAUCAUGUGGCUCUUGCCUGCAUGACAGUAAUAUUCCUUGCAAUUUCAUACCUGAAACUCCACUUCAUGAAGAAGUUUUCUUAAACCAAGAAAUAAAAACUCAACUGGCUCUGUUCAGCAGCCUGAUAAACUGACCAUGCAACUGACUUGAUUAUUUUUAUGAUACCUCCUUUGUACUUUCCUGAUCGCAAAGCUCUCUGAUGUAAUGCUGAUCUUUGUGUAACAUUAAAGACACAGUGUUAAUGUACUUCGC